AUUGAUCGUCAAUUCGUGAGAUUUUAAUCGACGAUUAAACUCAUUUAUAUAAUGGCUCGUUGUAAGCAAGUAUCUCGUUCUAACCGAUCAAUUGAACAACCUAUUGACGAACAAACUCAAAAUCAACCGGAAGAACAAACUCAAAAUCAACCACAAAAUCAACCGGAAGUAGAGAUUGAACAAGAACCAACUCCUUCAAUGAGAAUAAGAAGGACUAAUGCAGCUAAUAGGAUGAAGAGGAUGGAGGUAACACCUUCUACUUCAAGAACUCCCGAUCCUCGAGGAGGUGGUAAGAAAAGAUUGGGAGCGAGACGUAGAGGAGGCAUUUUAGAAGAAGAAGCUGAACAAGUUAGAGUUGGAAGACAAGAAGAAGUUGAUGAUAAUGAAGAAGAACGUCAAGAAGUUCAUCAAGAAGAAACACAACCCCAGGCAAAUCCUAAGAAAGACAGGAAAGGUAAGAAGGUGGCAGAACCCCACAAAGAAAAGGAUGAUGAUGAUCGACGGGUCACUGGUUUGCACAUUCCUGACGAAGAUGACAUAAUUAGACCUCGAUCAGAUGGUUUGCCUCAUGGCCUUCCGGAAGACGGAGGAAAUGUUUUGAUUGGUUAUGCCGAAUCUUGGGCGAAGAGAAUAUAAGAGACUCCUGAUCACAACCGUGCAGUCCGAGUAUUAAGACACCAGAGGGCAGCGGAAUGGAAUCUUCAAGAAGAGGUUCCUGAGGUGAUUGCUUACGUCCAAGCCAGUGCUUUAUGGCCUGCCAUAAAGCAUGGACACAAGGAAUAUGAUAGUCUGUCGGCCUCUGCCUUUACCGAGAGAUUCUGUCCAGAAACCUACACAUUUCAGUUACCUUUUGGAGAGAUGACAAUCACUCCUGAUGAGGCUAGUAAGAUUACAUGCCUUAAAGCAAGGGGUAGAAGUGUGAAGGCUGAUUUUAUGACAUGAGAUGGGAUGAGCUCUAUAAUUUGUACUGGGAAUUUCUUGGUUGGGAUGCAUACAAAACUGAGUUGGAGUUUUGUCGAUCCGUUAGAGAUGUCGAUCCCGUUUUCAUAGACGGUGGAAGAAACAAGAAGAACAAGAAGAUCAAGUUGACUAACUUGAAAAAGGAAUUUGAGAACACAAAGGGGAGAGUACGGGAAGGUUCCUUGGUAAUGGAUCCCAUCAAAGUGAGGCAAACUGGAACUGCCUACUUGCUCUACACUCUUGGUAGAGACAUCUUUCCCGACCUUACGGGAAACAAGGUAAAUGCGAACUAUCUCCAAUUGGUCAAAAAUCUUGAAACUUGUAACAAGUAUGCUUGAGGAACUGCUACGCUCGCUUACCUGCUGGACCAACUUUCCACCGCGUCUAAGUCGACAAGUACAAACAUCGGAGGAAAUUUCACUUUGCUCCAGGUGUGGAUAUAUGACCAUUUCCCAAUUUUGAACUUGGCCAAAGUAUUUGAGAAGGAUGUCCAUUAUGUUGAUACAAUGCCAACUGCAGCACGGUACUUGUACGAGGACUCGAAGAAAAGGAACAAAAAACAUCUAAUGGCAAGUUUAAGAGAGACGUUAGACAAAUUGGGUGUUGAUGAUGUCGUUUUUCAACCAUACGAGAAGGAAGAUGAAGAAGAUGAAGUUGUUCAAGAUGAGGAUAUGCCGGUAGAUACGUAUCAUGGGCCAUUGUUUUAUCCCGGUGGUUGUGUUAUAUACGAUCCUCGACGAGUACUCCGUCAAUAGGAUGCGUCCAAAAGGUUCCUUUGUUUGAUGAGAAAUUCAGGUUGUUACCAAAGAGUGGUACUGGAACUAAAAGCACUACUUCAUCUUGGGAACCACAAUAUGAUCCUCCUCCCACCCUUGAGUUUUGGAAUCACUUAUCCCAUCACAGAUUAGAUAUGUCCAAGUUGGCACCUAUAAUUGAUGAUCCAUGUGAAGAGGAUCCGGGCUAUAUGGAUUGGUAUAAGCAAAAUUCUCAUCCCUUCAUUAUCAAUAAGGAGAGUCAGAAGAUAGCUCAUAAGGGGAAGGGCAAGGCAAUCAAUAUCACCAACAAGUCUACUUCCGAAGAUGUAGUCAGCGCUUUCAAGAUAAUGGUUGCCGCGGGUAGGGAUAUGUUGAGAAAAAUGAAGGCCAAACUUAGUUGCAAAACACCAUUGACCGUGGAAGAACAUCAAAACAUCUAUAACAAGUGGGAUGCAAUCAUCAACAAAGGACAAGGACCCGAGAAACCCGCAACAAGGCCUACCAUUAAGAGGUCUCGACAAGUUGGUGAAGGUACAAGUGGAGAUGGUGCUUCCGGCCAACCCGGUAAUAAUGCGUCGGAAUAUGAAGACCAAGGUGGAAGAAGAGGUGGUCGUGGAACUACGAAGAGGGGUCGUGGUUAAGUGCCCUUUUAUGUUUCCAAGUUUCUAACUUUUAUGUAUACUUUUAUGGUGUCUCAAACACCUUGCCUUUUAGGUGGUGAACUUUGUUUUUAAUGGUGUUGGGAUUGUGUUAUGGACCACUUGAAUUUCAUGUUUUAAUCAAU